AUGGUCGUGGUGCCAGGGCUGUUUCAGACGCUGGACACCCUCGAGAAGGCAGUUCUUCCGCUGGUGAAUGCGCAUCCAGGGCUGACGACGCUUCUCGUGGCACCGCCCGGGUUGCCCAAUACACAUUGGCCUGCCGCCAUUUCUCUCGAUGGCGAGCUCACCGCCAUGUGCCUGUCCACCCUACUGGAGCACCUUCUAGAAGAAGACGAGCUUCUACCCACGAUCGACAAAGACAAAAACGACAACCGAACUUCUCCGAAGGACAAACCAGAUCGGCACCCUGAUCGUCAUCCUACUGAUCCGCAGCCCGUAUUGAGGCCUGCGCCGAUGGCCGCCACGCCCGACCCAUCUACCGCAGAACCGGUAGAAACAAUGGCGGAAGCGGGAAUGCAGCAAAGCAACAUCGAUACGUCGCCCCCCUGCCCUUCGCCACCCAAAUCGCCGAGAAGUCCCCCUUCUGCGUUCGAGGCAUUCCCCGUCAUUUUUGUUGGGUUCGGGUUCGGCGCCCACUCCCUCUUACACCUUGCAGCCGGUCCCCUGCAAACCCGCUCGCAGCCCCCGAAACGGCAGCCUAGGGACAACUGCGGCGGUGGAUAUAAUGACGUUGAUGACUUUGGUGGUUGUUUUUCUGUCGAAACCGAUUCCCACGGCGACGACAACGACAGUGGCGUUGGGGAUCAUGAACAACAGCGAGACGGUGGCAGUGGAGGUGGUGGAGGUACCGCGAGUGACGGCCGCCUCGCUUCGGCGCUCUACCGCAAAGGGCUUCGAGUCGGCGGGCUAGUGCUUGUGAACGGUUUUUUUGCCUUGGACGAGCAGUCUACGCAGGCAAGAUGUAUGCGUCAGUCGGGCACGAUCCGACGUGUCGUUGGCAACCUCAGGCAGGCGUUCUACGACCAGAGUGACGGCCUCGCCAGAACCGAGGCAAUUGCUUCACUUCUUUUCUCCGAGAACUACGAGUCAGGCCGGAUAGCAGCAUCAACAACGGCUUCUUCAUCCACCGUAAACACAUAUCCCUUUCUCGAGACGAGAGAGGCGUUUUGCCUCGAUGCAGCCGUUUCCGCCUACCCUCGUCCGCAAAAUCACCAUGGCUUUCCUUCAAGAACCUCAUGUCUCUUGCCAGAUGGAACAGCAUUUAACGACAUGCAGCAGAGGCAUCCCGCGCGUUUCCCCUUGGAUAAGGCGCACCAACAGGCCGAGGUAAGUGUGCAGUCGGUGCUAAGAGAGAUGGACGAAAACGGCCAGAAGCGGAAGCAACGGUUGUUCCGGCGGCACCAACAACGACAGAGAAAGCAGGCCAGUCGAUCUGCCAGCGCUCUGCCCAGUGCCGACGAACGGUUCAACGUCGCUGGUGAACGGGAAGAGGAGGAAGAGGUGGAAGCGAAAGGUGGCGAAGAAGGUCAUGACGGCCAAUGGCCAUCGCCACAACAUGGACGCACCACUUUUUCUUUCUCUUCCGAGGGUUUGGGUGAGGGUUUCAACUGUUUAGCGCAAAGGUUGGCCCUGGCGGCAAGCGUUUCGAUCCUCGACGGCCUCAUACUGAGCGGCAGAGGCGUGAGCGGUGGUACCGGCAGCGGUCGGGUGAUCGAUGAGGUUAAACGCGCGGGACUCCCGCUUUUGAUGGUGCAGGGAACGGAGGACGCGCUGGUUGGGUCGCCGCUCGCGUUGGUGCUGAAGCAGGAGCUAUCGGAAGAAGCUGUCGAUGCCGAAGCUGGAAGCGUGCUGGAAUGCCUCAUGCCAACACCACCGGGCAUUUCGCCAGGCGGUAGGGUGCAUGGCGAGCAAACCGUAACACCGACGUCGUCGGUGGGAGGGGCAGAGUACGAAAAGGGAAACACGAGUGCCGACGGGGACGGAGGAUUUGAGGACGGGGGUCGAGGAAGCGACGUCGCUGAACAACGGCGAGGAGGACAUGGCUUGCUCCGCACGCACACGUGCUGGGUGAAAGCUGGCCACGAUGUGCUGCACGAGAGGGGGCCCUUCCUACGGGCUUUGCUCAACAAGGCGAUAUACGCUUGCCACGGGCGCGACGCCCCGCCGACUCGUUUUCCCGAAGGAACCGAAAGCCCAACCAAUGAAGGUACUCGUAUCAACGGUGGCGGCACCAACGUUGCUACAGACGCCGGUGGGGGUGGGCAACGACAUGAGCUGUCACCGUUGCUGCAAGCCGACAGCGCCGCAUCCCGGGGCAGCAGCAGCGAGGGAAGACCGGAGGGGCUUGAUGACGGCGAUCGAAACAGCAACAGCAGCCAGGAGGCGAGACUGUUCUACCGCCGGGAAGGAGUAGCUGAACGGAACGCAGAAUCAACUGCGUGUGCCGCCGGCGCUAAUGUUGGUUCUGGUACUGGUGGAGCUGCAGAUGCCGCAGACGAUGACUCUCUGGGUUCGCCGCACGCAGAAAACAACAGCAAGUGUUGGUCUAAUGUAAGGGCUGAGAGAGACUCGGCAGACGACGGCGGUCCUAGCGGCGGAGGUGGUACGGCCGUGGACAGAGUAAAUCCUCCGUCCACGACAAACGCCGGCUCUACGUCGACUGGCUCAUCCGUGCAGACGUCGGCGGCCACCAGCGUCCUCAUGGGCCGGGCACCAAAGCUAGUUGACUUCUUCGACCUGGAGGACGACGGUUCGAGGCAAGAGUUCCAAGAAGCCAGGGACUACAUCGAAGCGUGGCGCGAGUUCAGCAUCGACAGGGCCAUCGUGACCGCCGAACUCGGAGCGACCGCCGAACGCUUGGCCGCUCUGGACCUGCCUCUGGUGGCGCGGUAUACGUUCCAGACGAUGAAAGAGUGCUGGAGAUGCCGAGCGCUCGUGGUCGAGGUCACUCGCCUCGAUCUCGGAAUGCGCAAGAGGCAAGCACACACGCGCGAGCAGCUGGCCCUCUCCAUCCGCACCGUGAACAACAUGGUCCGCACCCUCCGCAAGAGCAACAGCAGCAGCAACAACCAACACCGCGACAUGAACAACAGCGGCGACAACAACGCCGCCGCCGCCACUACCACUGCUGAGAACGACGGCAACCAGCAGGACCUUCUCCACCUCGAGCCCCUUGAUCAGCAGGCACUGAAGGCCGAGAUCGUGGCCGCGGAGGUCUCCAGGGCGACCAACUACGCGGCCUGCCGCAAGCUGCGGCGUACCGGGGCGGUCUUCGCCGCCCGGCGGGAGCGACUCGAGUCGGCGCUGGCCUUCCUCACGGGGCGGGUGCGGGGCACGCUGCUGUCGCUGGAUCGGAUUAUGGGGCAGCUUCGGAAGCAUGUCGCGCUCGCGAGGGUACAGGAGAGAGUCUUCCACGAGGAGGUGGUCAAGACCGAGAGGAUGGGGCUGAAGGCUCGCCGGCGCCUUGAGGUGGUCCGGGAGCAGCUUUCGACGUUGCGCGUACACCCGCACAAGUGGACGGACUCGGAUGCGUGGCAGCCAGGCUACAUGCAGAGACACGAAACGGCGGAGCUGGUCAAAAUGCUCGAGGCGGAGGGUCGCACCCUCCAGGCGGCCGCGGACAAAGCCUGCGAACAGAGUAAACGCGCUCGAGAGCUCCACGGGAAUGUCUUCCAGCAGGAGUCCGCUCUGGUGUCCACGAUGCAAGGCGUGGGUGCGCUGUUCAGUCUCCUGAAGACCGCCCUAGAAGACGAGAACUUCGUCAGGAACGCGGAGACUGUAGUGGAGGCACAAACGGCGCUUGAGCAGGAGGCGUUAGGGCUCGGCAGCGGGAAGGCGGGGCGAAUAGGUAAGCGAAACCGACGAGGAAAAGGGCUGCCAUCGGCAGAGGCGCGCGUGAGGGCCAUGCCGCACCGCAACCGAACGCCGGAUGAGAAAAGGUGGGUGGCCCUGGACGCGGUGGUUAACCCUCAGCUGUACCACCACGUUACCCUCGCCGAGGCCGAGGAGAUGCGCUGGGACGCCCUGUAUUACACACGACUGGACCGCGAGGACAUCCUCCGGGUGCUGUCGCUGCCGCCGCAGGUGCAGCUGGCCCUGCCAUUCCUGCACACUCCUGACGAGGUCGCCGCGCACGAGCUCCUCGCCCGGUACUCGCUCGGCAUCAGCGCCGACCACUUCGCGCAGCAGGACAAGGCUAGUCAAGACACCUGCGAGAAUCUGAACACUGCUUCUGCGUCUUCCUCCAUGACUGCGGCGGCGGAGGCGGCCGGCGACGACAAUACCGCGCCGGGCAGCGCUACCGCAAAAGGAGCGGGAAAUUCCCGCCCUGGCUGGCGGGACGACAUCCUUGCACGCGCCACUCAGCGAGUCUUGGCUUGCAUGUGGCGCGCCGCAGAGGCGGAACUAGCGUCUCCCGAAGACCGAGACGACGAGGAGGCCAUCUGGUGCGUGCUGGAUCGGAAACUUCGACCGCAGCUGUACCGCGACUCCGACGAAAGCGCCGCUGACAGAGCCGAAGAGCUGCAUCGCGACGCUGACGCCCGGGAGGACGCGCGCCACACCUGGCUGAUGACCCCCAAGGGUAAUUGCCCGAGGAAGCCCGCCGCCGCAAAAAAUCUAUCAACUGCCGGGGGUAGCAGACACAAGAUCGAGACCGUUGUCGAGCAGCAACGGGAGGCCGAAGGCGUGGCAAAGCUGAGGGGAGUAUCCGAAGAGCGCGAAGCGCUAGUACUCGAGGUUGCUGACUCUUUCAGUGAAGAAUACGUCAAGGCCUUGGCCGCGUCGGUGUCGGUAGGCGGUUUGCCAGAGGUUAGCGUGGAAGAAACAGGCCGAGAACCAGAAGGGGAUCGGGGGUUGAAGGGGACACCAGGGGGAGAAAAUGGUGAACCGGGAGCUACAGCAGUAACGAGGGACACCGGAGACGACGAAGCGCGCAUGGAUGCAGCACGGCAACGAGAGAGUAGUCAAUCAGCGGGAGACGACGGCGACCGCAACGAGAAAGAGGGCGAACAGCAAGAGCGACGCAGCCGCAGCCGCCGCCUCGUGGAGACCGUACAAAGAGUCCUGUCUCGCUUCCUCGUCGUCGAGGAGGAGACUCCUGUUGGGCGGGACAUGACUCGGUCCCUCGCGAUGCUGCAAGAGGUAGCCCUGCGCCUGGGAAGAGGGCAGCGGGACAUCUUCUCGGGGUUAAACCCGCAGACUGCUCUUGCCGCCCUUCGGUCCCCGCCACCGUCGACAGCGGGAAAGCUGGCAUCCAACCCACGAACGGAGGAGAAUGGCAGCUGUUCCGGCAUUAUCGCGGCAGAAGGAGGCGGAGAGAGUGGGAUGCAGAGAGGAGAAGCUCCGUGCAUCGGACGAGCUGAGGGAAGUGUCUGCGGAGCUGCUGAAGGUACUCCAGGGAGCACGAGAGACAUUGCUGAAGGAGGUCGGUCGGCUACCAGCAAGCCUGACAGAACGGUGAACAGGGUAGACCCUCGACAACAUCGGUUGGCAGAUGAGGCGAGGCCCAUGUCGGACUCCGGGAAUUGUCACGACAGUUGCAACUACAGCGCGAUGUCAGAUACCCCACGAAAGCUCGAAAAGGUGUUCGGUUCCUGGGAAGAGAUACAUCCAGCCGCGCUCGGGGUGCAUUCUCAGGAGAAGGCGUUCCGAGCAGGAGACGGAGAAGGAAUGCAUCCGGCGAGCUUCCGGAGAGAUUCCACAAGUGAUGGAGACAGCAUUGGCUCUACCCGAUCGUCCGCGCUCACAGCCCCUAGGUUUACUCCUUUCUACGACACCCGUCACCACCACAACAACAACUUGAGCGCAUCGCUAGACCCCCUAGACAUCCUGACCGGGGAAGGGCACCCAGGGGCCGCACCAGAGAGGCUGUCAUACGAGGCAAGCGGCGGGAGCAGUUUGAUUGCGGCUGGGAUGGACAGGGUCCGAGAUUUUGACCCCGGAGAGCGCCGGGGGCUGCUUGUUGCCUCUCGAAGGCGCACAUGCCUGUUAGAAGUGGAGACGUCCGAGCUUCAAGCUGGCCAGAGCAAGGCUUACGCCUUCGAGGUCGGACCGUACGGCACCGGCGGCGACGACGGCGGCGGCGGCGGCGGCGGCGGCUGCAACAGCAGCGAUGCCGGCAGCAGCAUCAGCGCUGAGCAGCAAAACAACAAUUCGGUGGGUGGGGACAGCCGAGAUAGCGAAACAGGAUCGACAGGAACUACCGCCGAGGCCGCCAAGGUUGUAGUCGGUAUCGCCGUAACAGUUGUGUUCCAAGGAAAUUUCGAGACCGACGGCUAUCGCCUCGGCCGACUCGCCGCCGGGUUGUACCGCAUGCCGCCCGAGUUCGGGCAACGGCAGGCCGAAGAUGGAGCGGGGCUCCCUGAGCCAGUGGGGUUCGCCCCGUACUCUCUGCAGUCUCUCAACACACCAGAGUCACUCGGAAGGGUAAUGAUAUUCCACCAGCCCCGGGUGCACCCCGUGCGGGCGGGGAGGUUUCAGGUGGUGAUUGGUGCAGCGUCGCGCGUGAAGUACAGCGUUAGCGUUGUGGCUUCCACGGCCAUCGAUGCGUUCGCUGCUUUCGACGAGAGUAUGAAGGAGGCCAAGCGCAUGCAGAAACGUCUCCCCUCGCUCAUGGAAGAAAUGGAGGUGUUGAAGGUAGGCUCUCUCCCAGUCCCUGCUUUGAAACGAAUUUGA